AUGGCAAGAGCACAGCAGGAACUUCUUACGCACUCAAAGCGGUCUGGAGGACAUUUAAAGCCGCACAAAGGAAAGAACUUUAACAGAGAGAAAAAAAAGCUGAAGAGAGGAGUGGUUAAGCUGGGGAAAAUAGACACUGCAGUCAAGUCAAUUAAGUUUGAUGACUAG